UAACCAGUAUUGAGCGAUUACUUCAGUUCUUCCUUUGAUUUUACACAAGCGAGUCCAAGUAUUUUUGGAUAAACAUAAUCAAAGAAUGUAUUCGUGGAUAGUUAAAAUAUUACCCAUAUUAUUACUUAUAGCCGAAAUUGUAAAGGCUGACGUUUUUUUAGAUGAUAGUUUUAAAGAUGAUACUUGGGAAAGUUCAUGGAUAUACAGUAAACAUCCUGGAAAAGAAUUCGGCAAAUUUGUAAGAAGUUCUGGAAAAUUCUACAGAGAUGAAAAUGUUGAUAAGGGUUUGCAAACAUCCCAAGAUGCUCGAUUUUAUGCAGUAUCGAGAAAAUUUGAACCAUUCAGUAAUGAAAAUAAAAAUUUAGUUAUUCAAUUUUCUGUGAAGCAUGAACAAAAUAUUGACUGUGGUGGAGGUUAUGUAAAAAUUUUCGACUGUUCUUUGGAUCAAACUGAUAUGCAUGGAGAAUCGCCAUAUGAAAUUAUGUUUGGCCCCGAUAUUUGUGGUCCAGGAACCAAAAAAGUUCACGUUAUCUUUAGUUACAAAGGCAAAAAUCUUCUUAUUAGCAAAGACAUACGUUGCAAAGAUGAUGUAUAUACUCAUUUCUACACGCUUAUUGUAAAACCUGACAACACAUAUGAAGUGUUGAUUGAUAACGAAAAAAUUGAGUCAGGCAACCUUGAAAACGACUGGGAAUUCCUUCCUCCAAAGAAGAUUAAGGAUCCAAAUGCGAAGAAGCCAGAAGAUUGGGAUGACAGGCCUACGAUUCCGGAUCCUGAGGAUACGAAACCUUCAGAUUGGGAGAAACCCGAAUAUAUCCCUGAUCCAGAUGCUUCUAAGCCUGAAGAUUGGGAUGAUGAAAUGGAUGGCGAAUGGGAACCACCCAUGGUAGAUAACCCAGAUUACAAGGGCGAAUGGCAGCCUAAGCAAUUGGACAAUCCAGAUUAUAAGGGAGCGUGGGAGCAUCCGGAAAUCGACAAUCCGGAAUAUGUACAAGACGACAAUUUGUAUUUAAGGAAAGAACUAUGCAUCUUUGGAUUUGACUUAUGGCAAGUUAAAUCAGGAACCAUUUUUGACAACGUACUGAUAACUGAUGAUAUCGAAGAAGCUUCUAAGAGGGCAUCGGUAGUUAAAGAUAUUCAGGCUGGAGAGAAAAAAAUGAAGGAAGCUCAAGACGAAGAGCAGCGAAAGAAGGAUGAAGAAGAAGCUAAGAAAAAUGCGGACAAAGAAGAAGGUGAUGAAAAAGAUGAUGAUGAAAGCGACGAGCCGCAGUCAAAUGAUCAUGAUGAACUAUAAGUAAUAAAAAAUUAUUUACGAUUUUUACAAAUCUAUAAAAAGACUUGAUAUUUAUUAUUUUGUAAUUAUUAUUAUUUUUUGUGGAUUUAUAUGGAUGCUUUAGAGCAUAUGCAGGCACAUAAUUUAUCUUUAAAAAUUAAAUAAAGAUCAAAACUUGAAGUAGUAAUACAAAUCGGUAUUAUCUUUAAGUUACAUAUAUGAA